AUGCCGUCUUUCACCGAGGACCACGCUGGUCCCGACACCAAAGUAGCAGAAAUUACUCCUAUCUCGGGAACUGGUUUGAACAUUCCUUCGUUGCGCAAGGCCUUGCACGCAAGUGGACCCGGCCCGGCCUCCCCGCUUGACGGGACAUCUCUCAAGCAGUACCGCGCACCCGUGGCCAAAGUAACCGCAAGACCCCCAAUCCAGCCACUUUCGUCAAUGCCUUCUGCGUUGAGCAGCCAGUCAAGCACCAAGCAUGAUGCUUCGGUUGCAGAUGACUCUGAGCAAACUCCCAAAACAGAGGAAGAUCCCCAGAUGAGUUUGUUCCACCAGGUGUCAGAGUGGCUGCAACAUGAGAAGGUCAGACGCAAGAACCGCAAGGCGCGUCGUGCUGAGGCAGCAUCUAGUGCUACAGACGCUGCUCGCGAGUCUGAAGAUUCGGUAGAUGAAGCACCGCAAUGCUCAGAGAGUACCUUUUCGCUCGACAAGCUAGAGAGGAUCCUUUUUCAGUAUUCGGGUGCGCGUCCCGGGGACGGCCUAUCGUCUCUCCAGCCCAUUAAGCGAGCAGUGCGCCGGCGUCCUAAGGGCCUGCGUCGUGGAUCUGCCUCGGAGUCUGAUGUUACCGACAUUGAGGCCCCUGUGCCCAGCGUAGAAGCCGUUCUUGACAAUUCAAAGACCCUCGCUUAUACGGGCGGUGCGGCAGAGGAGGAGAGCAUGGAGAGUAGCACCUGCUCAAAACGUCUAAAAGACCAGGAAGCCUGGUUGACAUUUAAGACGGAGAUUGUGCGUAUUGCACACACCAUGCAACUCAGGGGCUGGCGUAAAGUGCCAAUGGAGGCGGCUGGAGAUAUUAGAGUCAUUCGUCUCAGUGGUGCUCUGACCAAUGCGGUCUAUGUGGUCGAGCCACCCAAGCAGCUGCCUGCUCAUCCAAAGACCAACAACGGAUCUGGCCCAUUGGUCUCAAGAAGGCCCCCCCCAAAGCUGUUACUGCGCAUCUACGGUCCGCAGGUUGAUCAUUUGAUCGAUCGCGAGAAGGAGUUGCAGAUCUUGCGCCGCUUGGGCCGCAAGAACAUUGGACCCCGUGUUUUGGGAACAUUCCUCAACGGCCGGUUUGAAGAGUUCUUCGAAGCUCGUCCGCUGACACCGCGAGAACUCCGGCUUCCUGAGACAGCCAAGCAGAUUGCUAAGCGGAUGCGAGAGCUUCACGAUGGCAUUGAGCUUCUUGAAGAGGAGCGUGAAGGUGGUCCCGUUAUUUUCAAGAAUUGGGAUAAGUGGGUAGAUCGCUGUGAACAAGUGACCACUUGGUUAGACAAGGAGCUUGGGUCUCCGCAUAAUGAGGAAAAGGCGACCACGGAACCCUGGCGUCGGCGAGGCUAUGUUUGUGGUGUGCCAUGGGCGAUAUUCCGCAAGGCUGUGGACAGUUACCGGGUGUGGCUGAUUGCCAGCUGUGGUGGUAUCAACUCAAUAUGGCAAUCUCCUUCGGAUGGAACCUGCUACGCAGUCCCCCUCCUUCUGCCUGCCAAUGAGCACAAGCAGCUUGUUGUCAUUGACUUCGAGUAUUCCUCGGCCAACACCCCUGGUCUAGAAUUUGCCAAUCACUUUACUGAGUGGUGCUACAAUUACCAUGACGAGGAAAUCCCAUGGGCUUGCAACAACCGCCUCUACCCUACACCAGAGGAGCAGCACCGAUUUGUAGCCACAUAUCUGACUCACCGUCCCGCCAUUCCGGGCGCUCCCACUUCGCCUUUAGCUACCCCCUCCGCUACCCCGUUCAUGCGCGGUGGUCGUUCAACCACCGCUAUCACCCCCUUGAACCUUGACGAUGGUCCGGAAGGUCCCCCUGGACAGCAGCUCGAGGCUUCUGGCGAGGAUGAGCUUGAGUCUCAGGCUAAAGUGCCGGGUAUGGACGAAGGCAUUGCUGAGAUGGCAGCUGCGUCUGGCAAUGGGGAACAUACAACAGGCAAUGAAGAGCACAAGACGCCGCCUGUUGACCCCGAUGUUGAUGAGGAGGAGGAAGCUUUUGAUUACUUGGCAUAUGCCCAGGACCGGGCUAUGUUCUUCUGGUCUGACCUGCUGGCUCUGGGCCUGGUUAAUCCAGAUGAUCUACCCGCGCCGAUGGUUGAGCAUAUUCGCGCGCGGACUGUGGACUAUUGA